UGUGUGUUUUCGGGAACCUCAUGGUUCUUUCUCUUGUGGGUCGCGGAGAGUUUUAAGGAUAUAACCGUAAUUGCAUUGGAAUGUUUCUGUGCUCACAACAGGCGAUCUAAUCGUGUUUAUUUUAAAACGCUAAACAUAAUAAAAGUAGCUGGAUUUGGAUGGAGAAGUUGAAUGAGAGAACCCGGAAAAAACUUUCAUGACAAGCAGCGUUUUAAAGGUGUCUUUGUUGAAAUGCAGUUCAUUGAAAGGUUUUCUCUUCCAUAUCUGAGGAAUAGCAUUUUACCCAAGAGGUUCCAAAGUAAGGGACGGCCAACGGCUCCCCUUGGGUCACGGAUUUUGUUGGAUCCAGACAAAGUUUUUGAUCAUAACAUGUGGGACCACAUGCAGUGGUCACAGGAAGAAAAAGAAAGAGCCAAGGAAAAGGCCACAGAGAACUCACUCAUAAGAAUCCCAGCAGAGCUGCAAGACAAAUAUGAGAGGGAAGCCAGUAAAUACUGGAAUCAAUUUUACAAGACUCAUAAAAACAACUUCUUCAAAGAUCGCAACUGGCUGUUCUCGGAAUUUCCAGAAAUUCUCCCAGAAGGAAAACGUGACCGUGGUACAAAAAUGGAUUCAACAGCAGAAAGGAACUCUCAUUUGACAUUGACCAGCAUACUUGAAGACAACCGCCUUUGUGAGGAUAAUUCUCUUGUAAAAGCUUCUUCUGUGCAAGGAAGUAAUUUCAGUACUUGCUACAACUACUCUGACGGCAAUCACCAAAGUAGCAAGUGCUUUGGAAAAGACUUCCCUGGUAGUGAUGCUACUCACAGAAUAUUAGAGGUUGGCUGUGGUGCUGGAAACAGUGUUGUUCCUAUUUUGAAAGCUGUUUGCCACAUUCCUGGAGUCUUUUUGUAUUGUUGUGAUUUUGCCUCAGGAGCAGUGGAACUGAUCAAGUCACACUCAUCCUUUCAUUCCUCCCAUUGUCUUGCCUUUGUUCAUGACCUGUGUGAUGAGGGAUCCCCCUAUCCCUUCCCGGAUGAGAGCCUGGACAUCAUUCUCCUUGUCUUUGUCCUCUCUUCUAUUCAUCCUGACAGGACCCAAAGAAUUAUAAGCAGGCUGGCUAGAUUAUUGAAACCUGGUGGGAUGAUGCUGUUUCGGGACUAUGGAAGAUACGAUGCUUCUCAGCUUCGUUUUAAGAAAGGAUGCUGCCUGUCAGAGAAUUUCUAUGUAAGAGGUGAUGGCACAAGAGCUUAUUUCUUCACAAAAGAUGAAGUCCAUCACAUUUUCACCUCAGCUGGCUUGAAUGAAGUACAGAAUCUAAUUGAUCGACGUUUGCAAGUAAACAGGAAGAAAAAAGUGAAGAUACAUCGUGUCUGGAUACAAAGCAAAUUCCAAAAACCGGCGGGACUGGCUCAAAGCAGGAAAGAAAAUAUUCUGGAGAAACACAAUACCUAGCCUGAAUGUUUCACAUUGUUUUCCAAGUGAACCUGUGGAAAUUCAUCAAAAAACUAAAAGGCUUGAUAUUAAUAACAGAUUAGUAAAAACUGAACAAUGCAAUAAAAAGAAGGUUCUUCUUUUUAUAUUAACAGAAGUCCCUGCCACAUAUAAUCAUCUGUUUCUAAGACUGUGUAAAAUGGAUGGUGGCAUUGAUUAUGUAUGGAAGAUAUAGAAUGGAUGGGCAUCUAUGGCAAGGACCAGUUUUGGCUCCAGCAAUAGGGUUUUUUUUUGGGGGGGGGGGGCAGUGACAAGUGUAAAACAGCCGGGCUGUGGCGCAGCUGGCUAGUAACCAGCUGCAAUAAAUCACUACUGACCGAGAGGUCAUGAGUUCGAAGCCCGGGUUGGGUUAAGCCCCUGACCAUUAAAUAGCCCGGCUUGCUGUUGACCUAUGCAGCCCCGAAAGACAGUUGCAUCUGUCAAGUAGGGAAAUUUAGGUACACUUUAACUAAUUUACAGCACUAUAAAACUGCCAGCAAAACACGAGGAAAGGAAUGAGGAAGUACAGCCACUAGUGGACAGUGAAGCAACAGCUCCCCCUGUGGCCAGAAUCGUGAAGCUGGAAAAAUGUUAAAUGCCUCUGUGUCUGUCUCUACUGUAUGUUGUUUGUCUGUUGGCAUUGAAUGUUUGCCAUGUAUGUGUUCAUUGUAAUCCGCCCUGAGUCCCCUUCAGGGUGAGAAGGGCGGAAUAUAAAUACUGUAAAUAAAGAAAGAAAGAAAGAACGCAGAGAGACAGAGAAAUGGCUCAUGAGGAGAAAAUGUUGGCGAUGAGGAUGAGAGAAACUGAGAUGAGGUUGGUGGGACCCAAUCCCUCUAUCCCAACCAAAUUUACCACACAGGACAAAAUGGUUCCCAAAGUACCAAAAGGGAGAUAAUAUAGAACCAAUUCUCGCCAUUUUGAAAGAACUUGGAGGUACCUGAGGCGAGGAGAGUGGCACACUUAAGACCAUUGCUUUGUGGUGAAUUAAAUGAGAUAUAUGCCGACCUGAGAGAUGAGGAGAUCUCUGAUUAUAACUUGUUUAAGUAAAGAGUGAAACUGAGGUUUGGGCUAACAGCAGGGCAAAGCCGAAGAGAAAUAACCAGAGAAAACCAGGUGAAACAUAUUCACAAUUGUGUUGUAGGUUAAAUGAAGUGCUGGACAGGUGAAUUGAAGGAAGUAAAGCGACUUCUUUCAGGAACUGAAGCAUCGUGUUGGUUUGGAACAACUUUACAAAUUGGUACCACCGCAAAUGAGGUAGUUCAUCAAAAAUAAAAGAAUCAAAACCGUUGCUGCAGUGGCCACGUUACUAGAAAAACUAGAAUGCAAUUUGGAGGGUGAAUAGGGUGAAGUAGUACAUUUUCUGAUCUUUACUUGAAACUAGGAAAAGUGAUUUAGAUAACUAGGAAAAUGAUAUUAAAGAUACUAGUUUUUAAAUAACGAAGAGAAAAUGCAAUUAUUCUCCAAUCAGAGGUACCAUCUUGCUAUAGGUCUAAUCUGAAAUGCUGGAAAACUCAUCCUGUUAGAGUGAAUGUUGGUCUAAAGGGAAAUAGAGUAAAAAAAGAAGAAAGAUUUCCCUUCUGCAUUAGUUUUUUUUCCUGCCCCUUGGAUAAGUCAAGGAUUAUCUUGGUGGUCAGUUGAAAAUGUGCUGAUUCCAUGGCUGCUAUAAGGAAAUAAGCUUAUCAUAUUUUUUAUCCUCAAUCACAAACUUGGUCUGUUUAUAUGUGAACAAAAAUUAGUGGAGUGAAAGGCUACCAAGCUACACCUACUUGUGUGAAACACUGUUUAUUUUUAAACUGAAGUUCUCACUUUCUUAUCCAUAAGGAAAAAAGUCACUCUGCCAACAGAAUCUGUACUUGAUUUUAUAAGCGUUAAUUAGAAAUCGAUAGAUGCUUCCACAAGAGACUUCAGCUACACCUCAUUGAAAGGAAGGAAGCCUCUAAAAGAAAAUGAGUGUAAGUAGAAAAUGAAACAUAAAAAAUAGCCAUGAUCAGGGAUAUGGCUAUGGUGAAUGAGGGCAUUGUUCCACAACAUAAAUGAUGCUCCCUAAUGAAAUUUUCCUUCAUUUCCCAGGUAACAGAAGGUGAGACACUCUAAAUCAUUUCCACAAAACUCUUAUACAGUCAGCCCUCUGUAUCCAUGAGUUCUAGUCCAUGGAUUCAAGCAAACAUGACACAAAAAUAUUUGGAGGUUGGAAGGAGACUCCACAUAGCAAACCUUUAUUUUGCUGUGCAUGCCCUGUGAUAUGUCCACCAUUUCACUUAUCUUCAGCCUCUCUGGCACAUAGAGUUCUUUGGCACUUUAUAUAUAGGACACAAUUUUACCAUAUUGUAUAUAAUGGAACUUGAGUAUCCAUGGAUUUUGAUAUCCAUGGGAGUCCCAGAACCAAACCCCAGUGGAUACCAACGGCCCACUAUAUUUGCUGUGUUUACAUUAAUAGUUUUGUAUUUCUAUUUUCUUUAUAUGUCUACACUACAGGAUUUCUAAAUGCUUGAUUGAAAUAUUUUUGAAAUGUCAUUUGCUGGCAUUGGGUCAAAUUAGAUGGAAAAUGAAUUAAAAACAGGUAGUUUUGGCAUAAUUUGGAUAGUGAUAUAAGACAUCUAUCACUGUACACUUUACAUUUUAAUCUGUCAAUAUGUCCCAGGAACACUAACACUUCACGAGAAAGUAUAAGGCCAAAUGCUGUGACGAAAUGAAAAUCAUGCGUAGUUCACGCUUGACCAGUCCACACACUUUCGUGCCAGAGAAUAAAUAUGCCAUGCCGAUGAACAGUAAAUAACAGGAACUUUACUUAUCAAAAUGCAGAGCAACAUAUAUACAUUUGUCACAGAUUUGGCCUACCUUACAAGGUUGGUAAGUGGCCCACUUCGUAGGACUGGUGUGCGGCCAUUUUAUAAGCUGGGCUGAGGGUGCUGCCAUUUUGUAGGCCUUACUUGCAACAGCUCAGCAGAGCCAAGGGGGAGGAGCAGUCAAGCAUCCAUUAUCAUAUGUGCAAUCUGAUUGGCUGAAUGCAAAUGAGAAAUUGCUUACCAACUGGAGAUGGGCAGAGCCAAAGUGACAGUUGGAGCCAAGAAUUCUUUUUCAGUUAGCAGUUAGGGCCUGGAAUCUAGUCAGUGGGCAGUUGGUUUUUGAAAGUCAGUCAGUUAGGAGUUGGUCUUUGGAGAUCAGUCAGUUGGACAUUGUGUUUUAAGAAGGAAGCCUCUUUGAGGAAAUAUGGGAAAAGCCUUUAACAAAGAACGGGCUAAGACCUAUAUUUGUGAGCUCUAGGACCUAGAGCAAUACUGUUUAAAUUCUCAGAGAAGUGGAUUUAAAAGUAAAUUGUCCUGUUUCAGUUUCCUUGGUGAAGGAACAUAUGUACACAGAAACCAAGUUAUAUGAACAUCCUUUGACAUGAAAAUGAUAAGACUUUAAUGAAACCACUAAAGUAUCUGUACUGUUCAAUGUUAAUGAAACCAUCAUGCAUAUUUACUAUUCAAACUACAAAUAAACAAAUAUUUCUUGUUUCUUCUCA